AUGGUCGAGCUUUGUAGAGAGUAUUAUUCGAACCCUAUGAAGACGUCAGUUAAUCUUCAGUUUUCGCCACUUCUGUUUCCUGCACUUACGUUUUGCAAUAUGAAUCCUAUCCGAUACUUUUGUUACAAAAUAAAGACAGAUCAGUUUUCCCUUUUUCAAUCCGCAACAUACGGAAACUGCUACACGCUUGACCUGCAUGACAUACUAGCAAGAGGAAGUGGACAGCUCCAUGGCAUAACAGUUGUUUUCAACAUCGAGACCAAAGAGUAUUUCAAAACGUAUUCAUCAUCAUACGGCGUUCGUAUGGUCAUGCAGGAGAAAGGUACUACCCCGUUACCUGAAAAUGAGGGGAUUUCUCUUGACCGUGCGCAUGAAACAAGUGUAGGUAUACGACUUGUUCAAAUUAAACGACUCGGCGGGGUUUAUGGCAACUGUACAGAUGGCUAUGACUUUGUUCAAAAAAAUGAGAUAUUGGAUGAAUUAGUCGAAAACGUUUUAGUAGCUCAUAUAUACUUUGAGGAUUUGAACUACGAACUUUCUGAGGAACCGUUAUAUAACACGGUGCGGUUUUUGUCCGACAUAGGUGGGGCGAUGGGUGUGUUUAUGGGAGCAUCUUUGCUGACGUACGUAGAACUACUCGAUGUUCUGCUUGAAAUCAUUUUGCACUUUCGACAUGACGUCAUUAAAUAUUGUUACGAAUCAAGUAUUGCAGGUCAGAGGUGCAGAGUAUUAAAAAUUGAUGUUGGGAAGACGGAUGUAGCAGCGGCAAGAGCAUUGGACCGCCAGAGCACCAUGCGCAUGGUUUCAUUCUAA